UUGGGUUGUCCCCUUGAAAUCUUAGGAGAAGUACUCCUUUAUCUGAUGAACUUCUUGGGAAAUAUAAUUUGAGCAAGCUUUCUUAAAUCUAUUGCUGGAUAAAUGACUGCAAUUAUAGGAUCCUCAUUGAUGUUUGCUGUUAUCGUGAGCUCAGCAAAGGCUUAUGAUAAUGAUUGGCAACCAUUCCAAAAUUUUUCAGGCUAUGCCCUCAAUGGUGUCAUUUCUGUACAUGUGAAUUUUGCCCACCAUCACCGCAAGAAUGCUGAAAAGCUUGUCUGAUAUUAUGCAUGAAGAUGAUUUUAUGGAUGAGCAUUUCAUAGCAAAGAGGAUCAAAGUUACUGAUGUGGCUGCUGGUAAUUUGGAAAAAGAAAAGAAGGGAGAGAAAAAUCUGAAUAUCCAUGCAGUAGAUGGAAGUGUGAGUAAGCCUACCUUAUCAAUUGGCCAAACUGGAAGAAGUGAUGGCGAAAAACCAUAUGGAGGCAAUGACAAACAGAUGCCUGAUUCUAAAAAGACAUCACAAGAUGCAAUAUCAUGCAGUUCCAAAGAAGUUCAUGGCCAAUUUGUUGACAAUUUAUGCAAGAUAGAUGCUGCUGCGGCAGAAGACAAGGGAUCCAGGCAUGCAAUGGAGGAUGCUUGGGUUGUUCUUCCUGAUGCAAGCUUUGAAUAUCCUGGGAGAUUGAGAUGUGCACAUUUUGCAAUUUAUGAUGGACAUGGUGGUCGUCUUGCAGUGGAGUAUGCACGGAAACAUUUACAUGCAAACGUGCUUUCAGCAGGCUUACCACGUGAGUUGAUGGAUGUUAAAGCUGCCAAGAAGGCCAUACUUGAAGGUUUUCGGAGAACCGAUGAAUCAUUACUUGAAGAAAGUAGUAGAGGUAAUUGGCAAGAUGGUGCAACAGCAGUUUGUGCUUGGAUCUUGGGGCAAACAGUUUUAGUAGCGAAUAUUGGAGAUGCUAAGGCGGUCUUAGCACGAGCUAUAUCUGAUGAUACAGAUUUGAAGUCCAUUGUUUUGACACGAGAGCACAAAGCCUUUUACCCACAAGAACGUGCCCGAAUUCAAAAAGCUGGAGGUACUGUGGGUGCGAAUGGUCGUUUGCAAGGUCGCAUUGAGGUUUCAAGAGCUUUUGGUGAUCGACAUUUUAAAAAGGUUGGAGUCAUUGCCUCUCCCGAUGUACAUUCAUUUGAACUUACUGAAAGGGAGCACUUCAUCAUUCUUGGUUGUGAUGGAUUGUGGGGUGUAUUUGGGCCGAGUGAUGCGGUUGAUUUUGUUCAGGAACAGCUAAAGGAAACAUCAUCUGCUGCCGCUGCAGCUCGCCGCCUUGUAAGAGAAGCCAUUCGUGAGCGGCACUGUAAGGAUAAUUGCACGGCCAUUGUUAUCGUCUUCAAGCACAAAUGAGGCCCCCAUCUUGAAAUCCCUUUUUGCACAAGCAUUGCUUUUCUUCUACAUAAACCUUUUGUGAAGAUGAAGAAGGUUGUUUUUAGUUAAACCUGUUACAUACCCUUUUUCUUUGUUCACACUUUGGUUUUAUGCUUUUCCCUCUUAUUUUUGUCUUAGAAUGUUGCUAUGGGAUUUUCUUAUGGUUGGAAAUAUUUUCUCAUAUGAGUGAAAUACAUGUAUGAUUAAA